CGCCGGGAGCUGCCGUGGAGGCCUCGGCCGGGGGCCCCGCGCCCUGCCCGGGCAUGAGGCGGGGCCGGGGCCGCUCUCCACCGCUUCUGCGGGAAGAAGAUGAAUAUCUGCAAUAAACCCCACAAUAAGAUAGCUCCAGAGGAUUUGGGCGAAGCUGUCCCUGAGGUGAAGAUCCAACGCGCUCGAAGAAAUGGCUGGAGCUGGCCCCUGCACCUGUUCCAGGUCCUUGCCUGGCUGCUGUUCCUGUUCUUUGCUCUGGUUGGCUUUGGGAUCCUGGUUCCCCUCCUGCCCCGCCACUGGCUGCCCGCGGGUUACAUCUGUCCAGGAGUGUGUUUUAUCUACCAUUUAGUUGUUCAUCUUACUGCAGUUUCCAUUGAUCCUGCGGAUGCAAACGUGCGAGAAAAAAACUAUCUGGGGCCUCUGGCCACCUUCAACCGUAACCAACACGCCCAUGUCAUUGAGAACCAUCACUGCCAUGUCUGUGAUGUGGAUGUGAGUGCCAAGUCAAAGCACUGUGGAACUUGCAACAAGUGUGUGUGUGGCUUUGAUCAUCACUGCAAAUGGCUCAACAACUGUGUGGGAGAGAGGAAUUACUGGCUCUUUUUGAACAGUGUGCUCUCUGCCAUUCUGGGCCUGGGGCUUCUGCUGCUCGUCGCUUUCUACGUCUUUGUGGAGUUCUUCGUGGACCCCAUGGUGCUUCGCUCUGACCAGCACUUCGAUGCUUUGAGGAACCACUUGGACCGCUGGUUUGUGUUUCUUCCUGCAUCUCCUGUUGAGACUCGGGCACCUGCCAUUUUGGUGACAGCUGGGAUUUUCAUUCUUCUGAGCCUAGUGACCAUGAUCUUGCUGGGCCACCUCUUGACCUUUCACAUCUAUCUCUUGUGGCACAAGCUGACUACGUAUGAGUACAUCCUGCAGCAGCGUCCCCAGCAGCAGCCAGACAAGGUGGACAAGAAACAGGAGUCCUGUUCCUCCCAAGUGAGACCCAGUCAGGAAGCAGAGUUAUUGUCAGGUAAUCCUGGCUAUACAGACCCUGGAAUUCGAGUAGAAGAAUUCUCAACAGCAACUGCAGGAAAAAGCUUUCCAAAGCUCUAUGUCCAUAACCAAGAAGGUGACCCCAAGCAGAGCUCAUCCCCUGAGUCCCCAUCUCUUCACUCUGUGGCCCCUUCUCAGCAGCAGAAGAAAAGAAGAAAGAAAGUGCAGAAAGUUUCUUCCUCUGCAAUGGACAGUGGAUCUAAAGCACAUGCUACACCUCAGCUCUCCUUCCCAGAUCCCCCAUCAGACAAUCCCAGAGGAGUCAGGAAGAAGAAUCUGUAUUCUGAGCACAAGGUCAAAAGGAGAAGCUGCCAGCAGGACAGACACGUGGAACGAGACCUGGAGCUUUUUUCUAAGAUUCCUGCAGUGUUUGUAAGUAAGAGCAGUGGAGAACCUCUUGUCUCUCAGCCCCAGCCCAGUGAGAGCACGUCAGAGCCUGACCACAGAAAAUGCACCAGCAAGCAGCAUGUGGGCACACAGGAUCCGUGCUCAAAGGACAUAAGGACAAGCACCACGGCGGCCUAGGGACCAUCCUUCCAAAGCCAUGGCCUUUGGGAGCAGCAUUAGUGCUGGGUGGAGCCCUGCAGGACUCACCCUCACUGUGCACGUGCUGUCAGGCUGCAGUGGGACAUUUCUCAUGCUCAGCCAAAGGCAGGAGGCAGCAAGGUGGCAAACCUGAGGUAGAUUUGUUGCUCAUGAGAGCUCAACUUUGCCUGGGAAGGGCCAACCCCUCUUGGCCCUCUGCAUACUGGUACUGCAGUAAGUUCCCAGCAGAGUGUAAGGGGAAGAACAAGGCUGCACCUCUGCAUUCCCUGCUCCCUGAAAGCUGUAUUUCCAUCUGCCUACUCCCUGUCAUUGGAUCAUGCUCAGGGGCUUCAGCAGGUGGCCAGGGAGUAACCUCAGGAUUGCCCCAUCCCUUAUACCGCUUUCCACUGUGCACCCUCAAGCCAAACCCACCACCAGCAUCUUCUCUGGAAGGCAGCAUAGCUUCACCUGCUCCCCCUUCCCAGCAGUCUGGGGGGCCCCACGCUGCAGUGUUCUCAUCAGAAGUUUUGGGAUACAGAAGGCCCUGAAACCUUUGCAAUUCCUGGGCUGCCAGAUCUGUAUUAGCCCACAGCCAAGCCUGGUGUGUGUGUGAUGCAAAAAGGUCCCACAGCAGACAGUGGGGCACAUGGCCAGUGCCUGGAGCCACAGCAGCCUGUGCUGGGGGUGAGCUGCAGAGAGCUGUCUGGGCUGC